UUCCUGGCCAGCCCAAUCCCCUGUCGGUGACAGGAGCCAAAUCUAGCUGCAGAAAGAACGAGAGAGCAAGGGAGGCAGCCAGAAAGGAGCAGACAUUCUCACUUUUGUUCUUCAGUUCUGACACCUGUGUGAUCAAGUCUCAUAGGAGCAGUAUGCUGCAGAUGUCAGCGUGCCGCAUGGGAAGCCUCUUGUCGAGGCGCGUGAUGAUGGCAGCAACUAGCUCUAAUGUCAGGAUGGCCAGUCAUGGACAUGAGGUGUCUCCACAGGCAGACCUGUCCCUGCCGAUGUACUGGGACCGCAUAGACAUCCCACUCCCUGACAAACCAUACCAAGACUCCCUCACUGCGGCCCAGAAGAGCCUGAAGCAGAAGGAGAAGGGCCCCUGGACUCAGCUCUCCAAUGAGGAGAAACUUGCUCUUUACAGGCUGAUGUUCAGGCAGACCUAUGCAGAGAUGAAGCGGCCCUCUAGUGAAUGGAAGAGCGUUAUGGGUGGCAUCUUCAUCUUCCUCGGGAUCACGGGCCUUGUGGUCCUUUGGCAGCGGUAUUAUGUGUACCCGCCGCGGCCACGCACACUGGAAGAAGAGUGGCAGGCCAAGCAGGUCCAGAGGAUGCUUGACAUGAGGAUCAAUCCGGUGGAGGGCUUCUCUGCCAAGUGGGACUACGAGAAGAAGCAAUGGAAGUAGAGCAGGAAGAGGAGGAGGAGGGAACCUCGCUGCCUAUGGAGUUACAACCCCUACUCUUAACAUCCUCUUCUCCACCAUCCAUAAGACUUCAUUAGUUUCUGUAUCAUCCUCGGGUUCCGUUCGAUGCACUUCACUUAAUUCCUGCUUGGUUGUCUCUCCAGCAGCAUGGUUGCAUUUGAUUUGCUAUAAAUUGAUUUCCCUUUGUAGCCGAUUUCUCAUGUAGCUUAGAUUCCAUUAUCCUCAGGUACUCACACAGUCUGAUACAACUCCAGUUGUCACCACAUAAAGCUAACUGUAAUUUCAAGUGGCGGUAGUGUUCUACCGAUAGGGAGCAGAAGAUGACACGUCUCUUGAAAUCAACAUUGUCAAACUGUCAGGGAAAAUUCUGUGGUGUUGCCACUUUGAAAACCGUCCACCGUAUUGAAUGUACAGAGCCGAAAGCAUCUUAUAGACAGUAAAAGAGUACAUGGGUGUGUAACCAAAAAUAAAAUGUAAGAUCUCAAAAAA